AUGAGGGGACAACCGGGGAGUGCGGGCGGAGGGGGGAUGGGCGGGGGAGGCAUGGGCGGAGGAAGCAUGGGCGCAGGGGGAAUGGGCGGAGGAAGCAUGGGCGGCGGAGGAGGCAUGGGCGGAGGAAGCAUGGGCGGAGGAAGCAUGGGCGGAGGAAAUAUGGGCGCAGGGGGAAUGGGCGGGGGAGGCAUGGGCGCCGGAGGAGGCUUGGGCGGAGGAAGCAUGGGCGGAGGAAGCAUGGGCGGAGGAAGCAUGGGCGGAGGAGGCAUGGGCGGAGGAAGCAUGGGCGGAGGAAAUAUGGGUGGGGGAGUCAUGGGCGGAGGAAGCAUGGGCGCAGGGGGAAUGGGCGGGGGAGGCAUGGGCGCCGGAGGAGGCAUGGGCGGAGGAAGCAUGGGCGGAGGAAGCAUGGGCGGAGGAAGCAUGGGCGGAGGAAGCAUGGGCGGAGGAGGCAUGGGCGGAGGAGGCAUGGGCGGAGGGGGAAUGGGCGGGGGAGGCACGGGCGGCGGCGGCAUGGGCGGCGGAGGAGGCAUGGGGGGUGGCAGCGGGUCAUCGGCCAUUUCACCUGUUCUUCUGACCCCCCUUCCUCCUUUCCCUCACCCUAACACUCCUGCCUUGUUCGCCCUGCCCUCUCCCCCUGCCCUGUUCCCCCUGCUCGGCCAUGGCAGGGUGAUGGAGAGCAACGGGUGUCCGGGGUACGCAUGGCGGGUGCACGCCACGCUGUACGCGCCAGUGCACCAGGCGCUGUCUUUCGCCGUGCCGCUCGCCCCCACGCUCGCCUCCUCCGCCAUCCCCGUCGCCCUCAACGGCACCUGCAAGAUGGGGCCCAUCGGCUUCGCCCUCAACGGCGUGCCCUUCUACAGUGCGUGUGACGCCCUGGGUCGGGACGCGCUGCAGUACGAGGGGUCCACGUUUGACGCGUGUGGGGGGCACCCCACGCCCUCGGGCCAGUACCACUACCACGUCGCUCCCGGCCUCGCCAACCCCUCUGCCAUCUCCUCCUCGCGCUCCACCGCCUUCAACCUCUGCAACUCGUCCUUCUGGCAGGACGCCCCCACCCAGCACUCGCCCUUGCUGGGCUUCCUGGCGGACGGCAUUCCGCUGUUCGGCCCGCGGGGAGCAGGGGGAGCGCUGCCGGCAGGGGUGGACGAGUGUGGGGGGCAUGUGGGCGACGGCAGCAGCGGCGAGCCUUUGUUCUACCACUACCACGCCAGCACCACCGCGCCCUACACCGUGGCUUGCCUCAAGGGCUGCGUCUCCUCCUCUGACUGGGGCAACCUUGGCUCCGCCUCCUGCUCCAAGGCCUCAAAGCAAUACGACUACUCAUCCCUGGCAGCAGUGCAGGCAGUAUGA